CCCAUAUCUCUUUCCCAAACGCACCGUUUUGUACAUCAGAUACUACAAAGCGGUCACGGAUCAGCCGACUCCACCUCGACUCUCCUUCGCCGCAGACCGUGAGUUGUGUGAUUCGUCGAAGAGGUUCGAUCUCACUGAAAUCAAUUAUGCCGUCGCUUCAAACUGCACUACCUCCUGAACUCGCCAACAAUGUUAUCAGGCUUUAUCGUGAAUGCCUCCGAAGAGCAAAGUAUAUUGGUCAUCAGCAACAUAAUACAUCAUUACUUGUUGAAAUGGUCAGGCAACAAUUUAAAAGGCACAAGCAUGAGACUGAUCCAGAGAAGAUUCAAAAGUUGAAGGAUGAUGCUGCAAGAGGACUUAUAAAUCACAUACUACACGAGUCAGAGAGAUUGUCUGGUCGUAAAUUCAACAAGGGCUCUUGAUUUCUCUAGAGAUUCUCGAUUUCUGAGAUCCAGCGAUGAAGCUUUUCACUGUUGAGUGCAUCAGUAAUGUAGAAUUUGCAAUGCUUGGUGUAGUUGUUCUUGACUCUUGCAUUAGAAAUCACUUUGGGGAAUGAAUUUUAUGGAUGGUCUUUCUGGAAGUUAUUCACCUUUUAUUUGAAGUAACGCACCAAAACACUAAUGGUGUAUUACAGUUGAAAUGGGAAGGAUCUUGUAUUUACGUGGGCAUUGCCGCCGUUAA